GAUUUUCAUUUUCAAAAACUGGACAAAACUAUGCACGAAUGAUUGAACAGCAGGCGGGAGAAAGAGAACAUUUUUACGAAAAUUCAAAUAGGCUAAUCGACAAGAACGUGAUAUAUAUGCCAAUACACGCCCAUAAAUCGCGAGUCCAGCAGACGUUCGAGGAAAUCGAAAUGGUUGAGUUGAACAGCGCGGGAAGCGGCGGGGGUGGCCAAGGGGUUGUGACGGGUGGCUCGAGCGGAGGUGCGGGGGUGGGAAGAGCGGGGGUCAUGGAGACGCAGGUGCGGGGUCAGUGGUACAGAGUGUUCGUGUCGUUGGAGGACGAUUACCUGAGCAUAACGCUCGACGAGAGCUGCGAGAACGCGAGUUCCCUCAACGGCAACAUAAACAACAACAACAUAGACAGUCUGAACGACCCCGACGUCCCGGACAGCGUCGCGAACCAGAAACGCGUCGUCCGCGUCGUCAAGAGCGACAACAACGGACUGGGCAUAUCGAUAAAGGGUGGCAAGGAGAACAAGAUGCCUAUACUUAUAUCGAAAAUAUUCAAGGGCAUGGCCGCCGACGCCACCGAACAACUAUACGUCGGCGACGCCAUACUCGCCGUCAACGGGGAGGACCUCAGGGAAGCCACUCACGACGAGGCCGUCAAGGCUCUGAAACGCGCCGGGAAGGUCGUCGAGCUUGAAGUGAAAUAUCUUCGCGAGGUUACACCCUACUUCCGCAAGGCAUCGAUAAUCCAGGAAGUUGGGUGGGAGCUUCAGAGAGGAUUCCUGAGCGCAGCUCCUCCACCCCCAAAGUCACCGCCGAGAGCGGACACUCGAUACCUUCCACUCCAACUAUGCAGAUUGACCAGAAGUCAUCCCUCUUCUGAUCCAGAGGGUCGCACUCUCGAGCUACAUUCACCCGACGGUGUUCACGAGUGCUGGCUCAGGGCACUGGACACCACGGAAGCCAACGCCUGGUUCAAUGCUCUACAUUCCGCCCUCGCUGCCCUCACCCAGAAGGCCUUGCGGCUCGCUUCUGCUCUACCUGAUCCUCCUCAGCUACAGCACAUCGGAUGGCUCGCGAGAAGACACUGCCUCCAGUUGCAGAAUGGACGAGGCAGCAGCGAGAGCAGCGAAGACGGAGCCGGAAGUAGCGCCAGCACGUCCCGCGGCGCCGGAAGUGGGUUCGGUCUUGGUCUGCCGGGCGGAUGCAGCGGGGGAUGGCGCAGCGUUUUUGGGGCCGUAUCUGGCCGUGAACUAAGACUCUAUGAGUGCGCCCCCUGGAGUCCAGAGGCAUGGGCGUCCCCCAGCAUAACCUGCCCCCUCAUCGCAACGAGGCUCGUGUCGUCUUCGACUCCUCGGCAAGGUGAGGCGGCUGCAAGUAGCAGCAGCAGCAGUGGCACUUCCGGUACUCAACACGGAGGUACCUUUGCAGUACGCGUCGGUACGAUCGACGGCGUUGUUACCCACCAUUUGCGGGCAGAGACAAGAAGGGAUCUUGCCACCUGGGCGAGAGCCAUCGUCCAGGGCUGUCACACCGCCGCACAUUCUCUACGCGAAUACGCCGUCCGCUGCGUGUGGCAGGGCAGAUCUUGCCAGCUGGUCGUCAAUCACGAAGAAGGCUUUGCCUUGUAUGCCGCGGGUUCGAGGUCCCUAGGAAACGGAGUUAGUCCCGGAUCGGCGCCUUCUCCUCUGUGGCGACGCUCUUUCGACAAACUCCGACUUUCCGCGGACGAUGGAAACCGACUUUUGUGGCUCGACUUCGAGGGCGAAGACGGAGAAAUCGAAAAACGGAUUUUGUUACAGGAACUCGACCUGGAGAGUUGUCCAAAGCCGAUAGUCUUCGUCCUCCACAAUUUCUUAUCAGCGAAGAUACAUCGGCUCGGUUUAACGGCAUAGGGGUACGCGGGGGUCUCAACCGAGCCCCCGGAUCUUCCGCCCCAUACGACUCGGUCGGUAACAAGCGCCCUUUUGCAUUGAUUGUCUCUAAACAGGUGUAAAAAAACGAAGGGAACGCGCCAGAGAGAAGAAAGAAAAAGUAAAUAAAAGAAAAAAUUUGGAAAAAAGUAAGAAUUAUUUACACAACGUAUACACAAUUGACAUUAACAAUUAAUUCUGUAUAGCAUUAAAAUAUCUAUACAUAUAUUCUAUCGUUAGCCCCCCCAUAUUGCAUAUGAAUUCCUGUAUGUAUUCAUAACUAUCGCAGAGAAAUUAAUUAUACCCGUAUGUACUUCAUGCAUCGACUUUUA